GGAGCGGGGGAACGCAGGGGAACGUGGGACGAGCUGGCUGGAAUCCCACGGCACUGCUGAGAGAGGAGGUGGCCCAGCUGCAGGAGGAGGUGCACCUGCUCCGGCAAAUGAAGGAGAUGCUAACGAAGGAGCUGGAGGAGACACAUGGCAGCAAAUCCCCCGAGGUGCUGUCGGCCACUGAGCUCAAGGUGCAGCUGGCACAGAAGGAGCAGGAGCUGGCACGGGCCAAGGAGGCUCUGCAGGCCAUGAAAGCCGACCGCAAGCGCUUGAAGGCGGAGAAAACAGACCUGGUGAGCCAAAUGCAGCAGCUCUACGCCACGCUGGAGAGCCGCGAGGAGCAGCUCCGCGACUUCAUCCGCAACUACGAGCAGCACCGGAAGGAGAGUGAGGAUGCAGUGAAAGCCCUGGCCAAGGAGAAGGACCUGCUGGAACGGGAGAAAUGGGAGCUGCGGCGGCAAGCCAAGGAAGCCACCGACCACGCCAGCGCCCUGCGUUCCCAGCUUGACCUCAAAGACAACAGAAUGAAGGAGCUGGAGGCCGAGCUGGCCAUGGCCAAGCAAUCCCUGGCCACGCUGACCAAGGACGUCCCCAAACGCCAUUCCUUGGCCAUGCCAGGCGAGACGGUGCUGAAUGGCAACCAGGAGUGGGUGCUGCAAGCUGACCUACCACUCACUGCUGCCAUCCGACAGAGCCAGCAGACCCUGUACCACUCCCACCCCGCACACUCGGCUGACCGGCAAGCAGUCCGGGUGAGCCCCUGCCACUCCAGGCAGCCGUCCAUCAUCUCCGACGCAUCAGCAGCAGAAGGCGACCGAUCGUCCACGCCGAGCGACAUCAACUCGCCGCGACACCGGACGCAUUCGCUCUGCAAUGGGGACAGCCCCGGACCGGUACAGAAGAACUUGCACAACCCCAUCGUACAGUCUCUGGAAGACCUCGAGGACCAAAAACGGAAAAAGAAGAAGGAGAAGAUGGGCUUUGGUUCCAUCUCACGGGUGUUCGCUCGGGGCAAGCAGCGCAAAUCCCUCGACCCAGGGCUGUUUGAUGGCACGGCCCCCGACUACUACAUCGAGGAGGAUGCGGACUGGUGACCCCUCGCCCCCAACAAUGUACAGCCCCCAUGUGUGCACACCCAGUCACGGUGUAAUUUUGUCCCAACCCUUCCCCCCUUGUAUUUCAAUUUUAUUUUUUUAAGCAUUCCAGUAACUCUUCCUUUGUCGUCACUUCUUUAAUUUUUUGUCAUUUGGGGGAUUAUUUUUUUUUUCUUGUUUUCUUUCGUUUCUUUCGUUUUCGUUCCCCAAACCUCCCUCCUUUUCGACAAAACUUGAAACUUGAAGGACUGCUGUGUGUCUGUAAAUAACGGGAAUCUCGUGCACUUUGUGCUUGUGACGUCUCUUGUCCGAAACCGCUGUUUUUUUUGGAGCCUGUCCUGCGUGGGGACCCCACUUCAGAGAAGGGGACCCCAACAUCUUCAGAGACAUGGAAAAAGAAAGCAAAACCAAGAAACGAAACUCACCCAAAUCGCAUUCACCCGAGGAGGUGGCAGCACACGGGCUCGUCGUAACGCCUUCUGGAAUCUGUGUUUCUUUUUCCCCCCCUUUCCCUUGUGUCGUUUUUAAUUUAUUUGCACAAACCCAGAGAGGAGCUAUUCUAACUAAAUUAUUACAGAAAUGUUGGGGGUUUUUUUUUGUUUUUUUUUUUUUUAAUUCUUUUUUGUGUCGUCGUUUUUUUUUUUUAUAU